UAGAGCUCUGACUGGUUAAUACUGAAAAUAUUCAAAAAUACAGGAAAAACAGUUUCAGACAUUCACAGUUUAAAGCGCCAGCAAUGCCUGUUUUGAUGUACAGAAACAUUUGCAAGAAAAGGCUAUAGUUGAUGUACAUUUUAGCUUAAAGCCAGAUUGAUUAUUACACUUCUUCAGUUGCUGUCAUUCACAUGCUAAAAGGAUGCUCUUCGGUUCAGGACUGACCCUUCUCUUGUGCUCGGUCUUUGCACAUGUCAGUUCCCAGUCCUGCAGGUGCAAGACUUUACCGUCCCGAGGUCUGAGGGUGAACUGCACCUUGCAGGGCCUGAGAACCAUCCCUCAUCUUCCUGCAGAAAUCACUGAACUCCUGCUGCAGAAUAACCUCCUGACCACCGUAACUCCUGGGCAUUUAGACCGGCUCCACCACCUGCAGCUGGUCAACUUAUCCGGGAACCCCUUCCACUGUGACUGCAGCAUCCAGUACUUAAGACAAUGGCUACAGAGGAAUAAAGCCAUCUCUGUGAUGCCGGUGUGUGCCAGUCCUACAGAACUAGCCCACAGGUCCAUCGAUGAGCUCACUGAUGCUGAUUUUGCGUCCUGUCUCUCUGAUCACUGCUUUGAGUGGGUUUAUAAUGCCAUCUUAUGCUUAAUGCUUUGCUUUCUCAUUGGUUUGCUGCUGUGGUGCAUGCAACUGGCAAGAAACUCUACGUUUAUUUUGGGAAUCGAUGAGAGACACACUGGAUUUGAGGCAGAAUCUCUUCGAUCGCUCAAACCCAAACACAGAGUAAGGAUGAGGUGGAGUAUCGGGUCACUGAGCCCAGGAACCGAUGACAUGGACAAGCCUUUACUCAACAUGGACAUCCUCCCUCAGAUACUGGAUGUCCUGCACAAGCAACACAACAUUAAGAUUAAAGUACCAUGAAAAACUUAACUUUAUACUGAUCCCUUCUAGUAAUUCCUGCCAGUUUAGUAUGUAUUUUGCUCUGUAAGGUGGAUUUAUUUAUGAUAUUGCAUUAAAAAAUUAAAUGAAAACAACCUAAACCAAA